AUGAUAAAAUCAGGGGUAGAAGGUUCUGGUUUUCAAGUUGAUGAGUUUCCAGAGUUAGAUAUAGCAGUAUGCCGGCUGGAAAUCAAAGGAAUGACAUGCACCAACUGUGCCGAGUCUGCUGAACGUGCCCUUUUAAUGGUUGAUGGAGUGAAGAAAGCUGUGGUUGGUCUUGCCCUUGAAGAAGCAAAGGUCCACUUUGAUCCAAAUUUCACUAAUACUAAUCACAUCAUUGAAGCAAUAGAAGAUGCCGGCUUUGAAGCCGAUCUUAUAAGCUCUGGAAAUGAUGUUAACAAAGUGCACCUAAAACUUGAAGGAGUGAGUUCUCUGGAAGAAAUGAAUUUUGUUCAAUCCUCUCUUGAGUUUGCUGAAGGUGUGAAUCAAGUUGAAAUGGACAUGGAGGGAAGUACAGUAACUGUUAGUUAUGACUUGAAUCUUACUGGCCCAAGAUCUCUUUUGCACUGCAUUCAGGAAGCUAGGCAUGACACCAAAAAGUACAAUGCAACCUUGUUCAAUCCUCCUAGACGAAGAGAAAGAGAGAGGGAGCAUGAAAUACAGAUAUAUAGAAACCAGUUCUUCUGGAGCUGCCUAUUUUUAGUUCCUGUUUUUGUUUUCUCUAUGGUACUUCCAAUGCUUCAUCCUUAUGGCAACUGGUUAGAUUAUAUGGUGUACAACACGUUCACUAUUGGCAUGCUUCUAAGAUGGAUCCUUUGUACACCAGUGCAGUUUAUUGUUGGUCAAAGGUUUUAUGUGGGAUCGUACCAUGCUUUGAGACAGAGAUAUGCUAAUAUGGAUGUUCUGGUUGCACUGGGAACCAAUUAUGCUUAUGUCUAUUCUCUGCAUAUAGUUAUUAAAGCAUUGACUUCUGAGGAAUUUGAGGGACAAGAUUUCUUUGAGACUAGUGCCAUGUUAAUAUUUUUUAUUCUCCUAGGAAAAUAUUUGGAUGUGGUGGCUAUGGGGAGGACAUCAGAUGCAUUGGCAAAACUGACAGACCUUGCCCCUGAGACAGCUUGUCUGCUUAUAUUGGACACUGAUGGAAAUGUUGUCUCAGAGAUGGAAAUCAACACUCAAUUGAUACAAAGGAAUGAUAUUAUUAAGAUUUUUCCAGGAACAAAAGUUCCUGUUGAUGGGGUUGUAGCCAUGGGUCCUAACUUCAGGAAGCUUUCCGUUGAUCACCUUGUUAGUGCCUAUGUGAAUACAAAUACUCAGUUGAUACUUUUGGACUAUGAGGGGACUAUGAUGUUGGAAUCUUCCGUGGACAAAACUCCUAGCAAUGAAGCUAUUACUGUGUCAAAUGCUUUGUGCAGUGAUCCCAAGAACGUUGUUUUUGUUAGCAGUGGUAGAGGGAAGGAUUCUCUCAACAAAUGGUCUUCUACAUAUGAAAAAUUAGGAAUUUCACGAGAGCAUGGUUCCUUUAACAGGUGGACUAGGGAUUUCCCAUGGGAAUCUUGCCCAUUAAUAAUGGAAUUUGAUUGGAAAAAGAUGGUAGAACCUGUGAUGGAGCUUUACACUGAAACAACUGAUGGCUCUUCUAUAGAACAGAAGGAAGGCGCGCUUGAAGGUGAUCUUACUAAUGAGCCUGUCGUUGUUAAAACAGGUCAACACAUAGUUGGAGUGAAGCCACAGGGUGUUAGCAAAGGCUUGGUAGUGGAAAACCUUAUAUCGACCAUGCGAAGUAGAGGAAAGGCCCUAGAGAAACAUCUUUUUGCAAAACCUAAUUCUCUGAUCCAAAGCUACUGUUGGUUUGUGCAUGUAAGAGGGGAGAUAGAAGACAAAUGGCGUUGUUCAAAGAAGCACUGCCAAGAAAUCCUACAGCAGGAGAAGGAAGAUGCAAUGUGGGAGUGGUAUCAUACAUUGAAGGAGAAGUUUUCUCACCUUGUGGGCAAGGUGCUCUAA